AAGGUGCCUAUCUGCAACGUUUGCAAUUCUCCUGUCAGAGGGGCAUACAUCCUUGCAGUGAACAAGAUCUGGUGUCCCGACCACUUCCUGUGCAGCAAUCCCAAUUGCAGGAAACCUUUGUCAGAAUCAGGGUUCGUUGAAGAGAAUGGACAGCUGUUUUGCAAGGAGGAUUACGAGAAGUUCAUGGCACCCAGGUGCAGCAAGUGCCAGCGACCAAUUGUAGGGAACACUGUGAAGGCCUUGAAGUCAACAUACCAUCCAGAAUGUUUCACUUGCAAGCAGUGCAAUCAGCCCAUCAUGGGAGGCAGUUUCCAUCUGCAUGAAGGAGAAAUCUAUUGUGACAGAGACUUCACAGCCAUAUUUUCAACGAAGUGCAUUGGAUGCAACUUCGCCAUUGAGGUAGGGGACAAUUGGAUUGAAGCUGCAGGUACGAACUGGCAUGGAGAGUGCUUCAAUUGUCAGGUUUGCAAGGUGAACCUGCAAAACAUCGGCUUUGUUCAAAAGAAUGGACAGUUCCUAUGCAGGGAUCAUGCAAGAUCUGUUUAA